ACACUUCCGGUAAAAUGGCGCCGCUCUGUCCUCUUAUGAUAACCAAGGAGUAGACUUGUAAAUAAACAAUGGAAUUGGCCUGUGAAUUUACAUUUCGCGAAUUAAAGCAUAUCCUUUAUGCACUGUUCUAGCAAACUGUUCUUAAUGUGUCUUUUUCUUGUCCUAUUCUUGGAAGUUAUUGAGACGGAAGGUUAUUGUUUGUAAUAAAGUAUCGAGAAUGAUGAAUUACGUUGGAAGCAUAUCCAUUUUGGAUCGUGGUGAUGCACCAGCCCAGGCUGUCAUCGAUAGAAAUGCCAGAUCAAUGGCCCAGCGCAUCGCAGAUGAAACGAAAGAUGAACUGGAAAAAGUGAUGACAAGAGUAGAAAAUAUUUACUCUUCCUUUGAAAUGACUGAAAACAUGCAUGCUACAUCAAAUGUUGAGUACCUGCAAAAUAUUGGAGAACUUGAAGAAAUAAUGAAAGAUCAAGUCAAAAAGAAAAAAUACCAACAUCAGGUAACAAUUUUCAUUGUGGGAUUCUCAGAGGUAUCUGGGCAGAAACUUCGACUGUUGCAGCAGGUUAAUGAGUUCUUCACAGAAAACUCUAAAAAAAUUGAUGAUGAAGACUGGUUUCCUACCACACCUGACAUGGACCUAGAUGAUGUUAGUGAAAAAAUUGAGGAUGGUCUUCAUGUAGCUCAAGAACUGAGCAGAAGAUUGGGUGACCUCCACAAGGACAUGGUGGAAUACAUGGCAACCUAUGCUGAGAAGAAGGCAUCAAACAAGCUGACACAGAUGAUGGAAGGGAAGGGGAAGAAAAAACUUGAGAAAUCUCUGCUUCAAGCUAAAGAAGAAGUGCAGACAUUAGCUGAGAAACUGCUUGGUGUACAAACAGAACUGCAGGAGAAGGAUGAAAAGUUACAAUCAACAUUCAAACAACUAGAGUCCAAAAAUUUGGAGGUCCAAAAGUUCCGAACAGCUGCAGAACUUGCCAAGAAAGCAGUGCAGGAUACAGAAGCUCUGCAAGAGCAGAUUGCUGCAAGGGAUGCAAAGAUCAACGAACAACGACAGCAUAUUACGCGACUGGAAAUAGAUCUUGCUCAGUCCAACCACAUGACGGAGCGCAGUCAGACCAGACUGACUAGCAUGGGGGAGGAGUCACAGCAAAAGAUUGUUCUCGUUCAGAAAGAGCUUGAGGAACAAAAGCGAAUGACUGAAGACAUCAAAAGAGACCUUACCAAGCUGUAUGAGGACCAGAUUGCAGCACUGACAGAGGCCCAUCACAAGGAGCUGGAAGAGAUCAAGAAACAGCAUGCCACUCAGAUCCACUCACUGACGGAGGAGCUGCAGCAGGCGAGACAGGAGGCGGCAACCACGCAGCACUACUUGCUGCAGCUUCAGGUGCAAACGAAUAACGAGGACGAUGGAGCGGCAGAUACCCAGUCGGAAACAGGCCGCCAGUUCGAUCUCGACUCAGAAACCAGCAUUGAUGGCAUCUCGCGACAGAGUUCUAAACAGGGAGGACCUGGCACCGCCGCCCUCAGACAACAUAAACGCGUUCGCAUUCAAUUCAAGGAGAGUCGGCCGUCGACAAAAGAAGCCAAGUCUAGCAAGAAGAAGUCGUCCUCCAAGUCACCAGCUCGCACUCCGGGUGGAAAAGAUGGCAAAGGCAGCCGAGCGAGCGGUGCAGGUGCUAAAACAGACUCAGAUUCCUCUGGCGAAGAGACCUCGGAAUAUCCCGACUCCGGCCACACAAAAGUCGAAAGAAGGGCAGACAAGGAGUUUGCCGAGAUCGCGGUUCAAGACGAAGGAGGCGACGCGGCGGCGGCUGUGGUGGAGGAGAGCAGGAGCAAGGAGGCGACAGCCCGCCACAGCAAGAGGUCCGCCCUAGAACCUGUCCACGAGUUCCACGACUCGGAGGACGCUUUUUCAUUGACAGAUGAAGAAUCGUGGGCUCAAGUACCAAAGGAACGAGUCGAAGGCCGGUUUGCCCAAUACAGGCGACUGGCCCAGCAGAGACUGAGGGAGCUGGAGGACCAGAAGCAGCUGACUAUCGCAAAGACCACUCGCAAGGUGCAGCUGCUAAAGGCGCAGUUCGUGGAGCACAAGAACAAAUGGGAAGCUGAACGCAAAAUUCUGAUAGAGCAAGUGGAACAAGCCCACAGGCUGCAGAACGACGCGGAGAAGGAGGCUGACGCGGCCCUGACGCAGCUAGAGGACUUCAUCACUGAACAGGAGCAGCUGGAGGAGCAAGAAGAAACCAGGAGGUCGGCUAUCCUUCGUGGAACAUCCGACGCCUCCCUGACCACAGGUCAGACACCCAUACCUCGAACUCCUGGCCCACCGCCUCAGACACCCGGCACAGCAUCCGUCAGCCCUGCUCACCCGACACCACCUGAGAGCCAGGCAUCGGAGGACUUGCACAACCUCAUGCAGCAAACAGACGACGCCAAGGUGGCAGAAAGAAAUGCCCACGCACGAGACCCCGGCACCAUGUCUGCUCCUCCCAACAUUGACUCCACGGCAUCGGCCGUCGAGGGUAUGAAGAAAGAGGAUGAUGCCACACAAAAGGCUUCAUCAGCAACCCCAACUGCACUAGCUAAGACACAAGACCAGCUCCCAUCUGACUUAUCAAAGGGCAGCGACCUCACCAGCCCUCAUCUUCCGUACACACCCCUUGCAACCACUCUCUCAAGUUCUGUACAAGAGAUCACAGAAGAAAAGCAAGCGACUGACGCUGAGACAAAGGCUUCGCAGACGGAGGGCGAGAACGAGGAGUUUGCGACCUUGAAACGCAAGAGUAACGUCGGCGAGGAGACUGUCCAGGCGCCACGUGACAAGUCGAUGUCCCUCACCAGAGAUGCUUCCAAAGAUACUGAGGCAUUGUCAGGAAAGUCGCCAGAUGGCGCUACAAGGCUGGAGGGCAGUUCGGAGGAUGAGCUGCGGGAGUUGUCGGCCCGCCGUCGCGCUCAGCUCCGUGACGUGUACAAGACUCGCCUGGUGGGCGCGCGGCAAGCUGCUGAGGACCGCCGUGCCAACACGCCACUCAUCACCAUCCCCACCCGCGAGGCUCUUGAAGACGACCUCGUCGACGAAGAAGAGCAGGACGAUGUGGCGCUGCCGGAUGAAUUGAAGGAAGAGGUGGAAGAACAGAAGAGACUAAAGGAACUUUCCCAUUACGAUAUCGGUACGUCGCCACCUCCCGGCUCCAAGGCACCUUCGUCACGUGACAUGAAGUUGCCAUCCAGAAAAUCUACACUUCUAGAGCACCCACUUCUUCAAGAAUACUUAAAAGUCUAUGAAGGAGUUGUCAGCUUUAAAGAUACCAUGGCGAGAUCUUUCCUAGACAAAGAUAUGAUGUCGGCGAGUCAGAUCCUGGCGGACUUGGAGACACUUGUCUUUGACAAAGAAAAACCAGUUUUAUCUCAAGUCGAGCACCAUACCACAAAUAUUUUGUAUGUGCUGGAAGAGAUCGCCGGAGUGGUGAACAGCGUGGUCCUCAAUGACAGGGAGCCCCCCGUGUCGUCACUGUUGCCACUAUCCCGUGACGAGAGUCGCCUACCCCCUACCCGGGAGACGAGCGAGGUGUACCCAAGUCACAGCGCGGCGCAGACGGCUUCCAGCUUCACCAACCCAGACCGCACGCACGUGCAUGUGGACGCCUACAUGCGGCUGGACGGAGCGGGGCGCCGGACUAGCACUGAGCUUCAUGGGGCAGGCGGCGUGUCGAGGACAGGCUCACACCAGAGCUCCUUGUCUGGCACCGGCCGGCAGCAGCUGGCCGACCUUCAGGAGCAGUAUAUUUUGUUGCAACAGCAGCUGCAGGAAGACAGCCGCAAGCACGAGGAGCAGCUACGGCACAAUACAGUUGUUAUGAUGGAGAUGCAGGACACGAUCAAUGAGCUACAACGAGAGCUGUCCACCCUUGGCAAGACGACUAAAAAGUCAAGAUCGGCAUCUUCCAGCAAUCAGGUGGCGCCCUCGCCAGAUAUGUCGCUGAUGUUCACGCGCCUGGACCUGGAGAGAAAUGCCAAGAUCAUGAAGAAGGCGGUACUGGACCAACGGUUGAGCUCUGUCAAGUAUAAGGAGGCUGUCAGCACGAUGGACGAGUAUGUCAGUCUGCCUGCCCAGCGACUGGCUCACCUGGUCAGAAAGUAUGUCCACCAUUCGCGCAUGAAGCAGAUAGAAGACAACGUGAAGAGUAGUCCGGCUGUUGACGAGCAGGUCUUUGACACGUUGGACAAAAUGGAAGUUUUGCAGAACCAGCGUGCACGGAAGUGGGCAGACAAGAUGGACCAGAUGGGGCUCGAAAGGCUCCGCUUAGCGGCCAUGUUGAUGGAUUCAUUGGACAACAUCGAAGAAGAGUCCGGGCUUUUCCUCAUCAAACCUAUGUAUUCCUUCAAGGGGAGAGAACUGAAGGUUCCGGUGACCCAGAAGCUCACUCGCCCUGUCCGUAUGCAACCAGCGAGCAGACAACAGUCAGCCGCUCAGGAGAGUACAGCCCCAUUUGUACCUGCUCCGACACCUGCAUCAAACGUCCGACGCUUGGACAGACACACACCUGUCAAUCAGGCAGCAGGUGAGAUGACGUUUAUGCCACCCCCACCCCCCAGCCGUCCAGAGGAUGGAGUCGUAGGAUCCGUGGCGAUUCGCAACAUGGGGGCCUCACAUACACCUUUACUGGUACACUCGCACCAAACAUGGAACUUGCCUUCUUCGCGAGCCGGGCUAUCAAAAGAUUCCAGCGCGAGCCUCCUGAACACACCCCGCAUGUUGGAACUGGAUAUAAACCGCAUGCUCAUCGGCCAGAACAAUAUAAGCGCCAAGCUGCCCCAUGCACUGACGGAUGACCGGCUGGUCAACGUGUCUAACAACAACCUUCGCUCCUAUGUCACGGUGCACAGGCCAACAGCGCCACUGUCCGGCGGAGACCAGCAGUCCUUAGCGGCCGGAGAUACAGCCGUGCUCACCCCGCCAUCCUCCGUCACCCCUCGCCCGCCACUCGCCGUGUCACCAGCUGAUCGUGACAUUCCACCAUCCUUGAACCCUGCCACUCCUCUUCCGCCGAUAGCUGGCGACCAGGCUGUGGCAUCGAUACCCUGCGAUCCUGAAGGUCAGUGAAGUGAGUCAAGCGUGACGGUAAUCUUCUGCUGCUGACGAAAGAUAACGACAUGCCCGCGCUUCGUCUUUACAAGGACUGGUCAUGUAGACGGACAUCAAAGGCGUCACAGUUUAUGGCCUACCUAAAAUGGCUGAGCAUCUUGGGGGCCCCACUGUUCCUUGAACUAGACAAUGGCCUAUAGGCCUCCAAAUGAAUGCAUCUGACCCAACAAAAGUUUUUUAUGGUGAGGCCGACACAAACAACAAAUACACCUGUUUUUUUGUCCAGUCAAGAAUUGCUUUAUGCUUCAGCUUCUUUCACGCUUCAAGCUGUUUGCUGUGUGCCACCGCUUAUUUUAAAAGACAGUGUGUCACAUAUGCCAUAUAUAGUGGACAAAUGUGGUUCAAUAACUUGGAGUCCUGCCGCCAGUGCGGUCAAACGGCACGCUGUAUUUUACUUGACGGAAGAACUCAGGAAACGUGCAAGGCAAACCAGGCUUUUAUGCAACCUCCUCGUUUACUUUGCUUAAAAAGUCAGUGUAAGCAAUUAGCAGAUGUUCACCGUACAUAGCAACGUGAACAAACAUUUUUCAUGUGCCUCUGGAACUACAUCGUCAUCAUCAUCAGAGAACAGAUUCGUUAAGGCUUCAGCCACUUCUUUUCCUGAACUUGGCUAGCAGAUAGCAACAGGUCACGUGACUAUGUCAAGCUAGCGAGCUUAUCAAGCAGUGCUGUGCUCCUCGUCAGGCAGUGUUACCAAAGUUCCAAACCUUGAUGUUGCCAGAAGACUCACGUUUUGUGUAGUAAUAACCGAGGACAUACAAUAGACUAUGCCUGCUCGCACGUCUUAGCAGGAGGUGUCUGGGGUCGGAGUGUGAUAAUCUUUUUUCAUAUUAUGUUUAUGUUUUAGUUGUUAGGUUAUAAGUUGGCAGUGAAUGAUUAUGGCUGGACUACACGGCUUUGUACAGCUGCUCAUCUUUGUUACUUUGUGGUGGCAGUGAGGACGGCCAUACUGCCUACCAUUCCCAUCUCAUCUCAGUCCGUCCUUUUCUGACAUUUAUUAUAUUAAGAGUUGUCUUCAUGUGUACUGUGCAGAUUUGGCUUGUUUUUGUUUUGUUUUUUCUACACCGUCCACAUUUUUUCACUGAACAUGUUUGUUGAAGAUUUGUUUUACUAUAUUAUUGUUUUAAAAACACACUUGUGCUGAGUUAAAUGUUGACGAUUUAUUGUUGUAUUUGUUUAUCAGUUGCACCUCCCAGUCAGAACAUGGACUCAAUUUCCAUCAAAACAUCUUGCUUAUGUCAGAUGUACACAGUAAGCUUGAGCUAUUUACAUAACCUUUACCCACUUUUAGCACGUUACUCUAUGCUUUGGACAUCAGUGUUUCUCCACCCGAGAUGUAACUGGUGCAAUGAAAGGAGAAAAUAUCAGUAAAGUUCGUCUUUAAUUUUAUGUCUACUUUUAACUGACUUUUAAGAAGCAAGUCGUGACAUUGGCCUUGAACCUGCUGGAAUUAAGUCCAUGGCCAUAAUCUUGGAUCCCAUUGGGGUCUUAAAGGUUGGUUUGGUUUUUUUGAGAACAUAGUUUGAUCCGUUUGUGUGCCAGAGAAAGAUGGAGAAAGUUUUGGCGUGGUAGAUAGGUGGGAGGUGUGUAUAAAGGACAUGUGUUGAUCUUGUUCUCGACGCGACAGUGGGAGGCACGAGAUGCAAAGCAAAUGAUGAUGUCGCUGAGAACAUCGUUUGGUCAAAGGCGUUACAUUUGCUGUUGCUUCAUAACAAUGUCAGCGACCUUGACGCCAACAAGCAAUCUGUGAUACGUUACUGUCAUGUUUUACUGAUGUAGAUAUCCCGUCUUCGGGGACAUCUUGAAUUGGGUUGUUUUGUUUUUUUUUUGUUUUUGUUUUUUUUUUGGGCAGUGAAGACAAGGAGAGUAGAUAGAUCUCUCGCAUCCAAGGCUAAUUGUAAAACUGGAUUUUCCUAUAGCUGUAGAGAUUACUGAACUUUAGCAGUGACAUUGUCUACAUUGCUCGAGCGACUUAAUCACUUUUUCUUAUAUAUAUAUUAGUGUGCUUUGAACUUUAAAGGAUGAACGAGAUGAGGAUGUGUGUGUGGAGAUGAUAAAUUUACAGUAAAAGCCAGUGCAGUCUGGUCUUGCCUAUUUUUAAUAUAUAUAUAUGUAAGCCAAGCCGUCCCAUUAAGAAUUAAGCGUUGUUGUUGGAUGCUUGACAAAGUCACUUUAAGUAAUGCAUAAAUAUGUCGGCCAAGAAGCAGCGACUGAAAUGCCGUCUGGGAAUAAAACUUGCUGCGUUGUAGCAAGCAUGUGAGGCUUCACCUUUGCAUGUGCACACACCACAAACGGGCGCGCAUUCCACCGCGCAUCCUUUUGUGACUUUGCGAGCGAGGUGGUGGAUAGCUGUCCACUUACUGAUGUCCGUCAUUUGUUUUCUGACAAUGUUUGCGUUUGUACCGCUGACAAAACGUGAAGCAUGUAAGCAAAGUUACAUAGAACGUCGUUGGCAGAUGCAUUUUAGAUACACGGAGGAUGGAUAUAACAGAGAGCGCUAUAGAAAUACUAUUUAUUAAACAAUAAAGGCAUUUUCCCAUA